GUUACUCGAUGUAUCGUCCAUUUGCUCCCUAAUAAACGACACCGUUUAACUCAUCUUCCUCAGACACCGCAAUUAGGAAACCAGAGUGUCGACGUGAAGGGGUUUUCCGGUGGUUUAGAUACUUCUCUCGCAGAUCUCGACCUCUUUGUCAAAUUCACCAUGCGAAGAGCAUCAUCCACAUUCUUCUCUCACCUCGCCAAACACAAACUUUCAUUCUCUCUCCUCUUAAGGGAAUUCAUAACAGACCUCUCUUCUCACACCCAUUGCAAACCCUGCAACAAAACCCAUGGCUUACUCCUGUCCCCCCGGAGACACCACCCAUUUCAGGCCAAUACAUCUCGAAGUAUGGACACCCUUGUCUCCAGACCCCCUCAAACCUCCUCUAGACAGAGAAAAAUAAAAGAGAAAUUUGAGCUUGAGGAAGCUUUUGAGUCUGCAAAGACCAAAGUGGAAAUGCUCAAAGCUUUUGAAGAUAUGGAGGCAGCUUUUGACGAGAGAGAGCUUGGUUUGGCAAGCUUGAAGGUGGGCCUUAAACUGGACCAAGAAGGCGAGGAGCCUGAAAAGACUCUCUCCUUUGCUACUAGGGCUUUAAACGCGUUGAAUAAAGACGGUAAACCAUCCUUACCUGUUGCUAUGACUUUGCAGUUGUUGGGUUCUGUUUGUUAUAGCUUGAAGAGGUUUAAUGAUAGUCUGGGAUACCUCAACAGGGCCAAUAGGAUAUUAGGUAGGUUAGGGGAAGAGGGUUUAAGCGGUGAAGACAUUAGGCCCGUCCUUCAUGCUGUACAGCUUGAGUUGGCCAAUGUGAAAACAGCAUUGGGGAGGAGAGAAGAAGCUUUUGGUAAUCUGAAGAAGUGCUUUGAGAUAAAGGAAAUGACUUUUGAGAAAAAUAGUAGGGAGCUCGGUGUUGCUAAUCGGGAUUUGGCGGAAGCAUGUGUUGCAAUUUUGAAUUUUAAGGAGGCGUUGCCAUAUUGUUUGAAGGCACUGGAGAUACAUAGGCAUCAGUUGGGGAAUAAUUCAGUAGAGGUUGCACAUGAUAGGCGACUCCUUGGUGUUAUUUAUAGUGGGUUGGAGGAGCAUGAGAAAGCACUGGAGCAGAAUGAAUUAUCAAGGAAAGUCUUGAAGAAUUGGGGUCUUGAUUCUGAUUUGCUCCGAGCAGAGAUCGAUGCUGCUAAUAUGCAGAUUGCCUUGAGGAAAUAUGAUGAAGCCAUUAACACUUUGAAGGGUGUUGUUCAGCAGACAGAUAAAGAAAGCGAGAAUCGAGCACUGAUAUUCAUAUCAAUGGCAAAAGCACUGUGUAAUCAGGAGAAGUUUGUAGACUCAAAGAGGUGUCUGGAAAUUGCAUGUGGAAUUCUUGACAAGAAAGAAACUGUUUCUCCACUAGAAGUUUCUGAGGCAUAUAUGGAGAUAUCAAUGCAAUACGAGACUAUGAAUGAAUUCGAAACUGCAAUCUCUUUGUUGAAAAGAGCACUUGCUAUGCUUGAGAGGCUCCCACAAGAACAGCCCUCAGAAGGAAGUGUUUCUGCAAGAAUAGGAUGGUUGCUUUUGUUGACAGGUAAGGUCACUCAGGCCAUUCCCUACUUGGAGAGUGCAGCUGAAAGGUUGAAAGAGAGCUUUGGUCCGAAGCACUUUGGCGUGGGGUAUAUUUACAACAAUUUAGGAGCGGCAUAUUUGGAAUUAGAUAGAUCUCAGUCAGCUGCUCAGAUGUUUGCAGUUGCCAAGGACAUCAUGGAUGUCUCGCUAGGCCCUCAUCAUGCUGAUUCAAUUGAAUCAUGUCAGAACCUUUCAAAAGCAUAUGCAGCCAUGGGAAGCUAUCCCCUUGCAAUUGAGUUCCAGCAGCAAGCAGUUGAUGCUUGGGAAAGCCAUGGACCAAGUGCCUGUGAUGAACUUAGAGAAGCCCAACGAGUUCUUGAACAACUGAAGAAGAAAGCUCUUGGUGCAGCCCUCAAUGAGGUUCCGGCAAAGGCCUUGCCCUUGCCCCAUGCUAGCGAACCUGUCUCUGUGAGAAGCUUGCAACCUGAUGUUCCAGUCAGUGAGAGGCAGUCUAGCACAUUUUGAUCCUGUCUUGAAUAAAUCUACUGCACGAUCAAGCACAUAACUGCAUGCUGCCUUUGUCUGCGCUGUACACUGCAUUGUGGUGAUCCAUCGUUUUGAAAGCAGUGAUGGAGCCCUAUUGGUUUCUCAUUUUGUUAUGUAUACUGCAUAAUUAUUCAUUCAAGUGUUCAAGCAGAUUCUUGAAAACCUUGUGGCCUUUUGUAUCCUUUUAUGUUCUAAAUCCAUUUUAGAAAUACCAAAACAAUGUAUAUACAAUCUUAUGGAUGAAAUUUUGUUUUCCAACUGCGACCACGCUAGUUUGAGUGAAAAAGUGGCAUUUAAUAAAUUUUACUUUUUGGAUGGAA